AUGGGACAACUUGGUGUCGCAUUGCGUACGCUCCGUUCCAACGUGAACCUCUUCCGGGCUAUAGCCAAGUGCCAGGUGGCUUUCGAUCCCUACGAUUAUCGUUCCGUGAGCGCACGCGAGUUCUUGCGGCGUGUGAAUAGUCCGCGCGUUCGACGAGCGAACCCGCGUCUCGUGGUUGAGGCUACUGUUCGAGACGGCGGUGGCUCUGGAGGCGCCGAGCUCGUCAUCAGCUUCCUUGACGGGAGAACGCUGACGCUUCAGCCGCUGGAUGUGGAUGUGAAAACGAUUGAACGUGAGAUUGCGCUGAAUAUUCCUGUUCUAACUAUUUACAAGCUAUUUGAAGAGGAGACCUCGGGGUCAGCGGGCUUCAAGGGAUAG